AAGCGCUUCUCCCAUUCCGUAAUAGUGAACUCCUGAGGGCAGUGCAGAGCAUUAUGGGAAGUUUAAUAGAUAACUAUAUAUUUCGACAUCUUUCUACUCUCUUAACAUAUUGAAUAUAGUCCCACAGACCUAAUAGAGAAUGCUCAGUAAGCUUUACGAAACAACAUUAAUGAAUGCAUAUACAUAGCCAUUUGUUGGCGCGGAAGAAUCCUUUUGGGAGUACCAAUAUGGCGACGCACAUUAAGUCGCAGAAGAAACAGCGCCCUCUUGUGCCUGGAGGUUGCUGAACCGCUUCUGUCUUGCAGGGGAGGUCAUUGAGACAGGAGAGAACUAAGGCCUAGAGCGUGCCCUCCACAGCAAUGCUCCGCCUGUGCCUAAGGUUCCGCGCUCCGGCUCGGUCUGUUUUAUCGGGCCGGAGCCAAGCUACGUUAGCAGGUCGGUACCGAAGGCUUCACGUGGGACCUGGGAACCGGCUGAGAGGCUUGGUCGGCUCUCCGGCAAAUGUUCCAUCGCUAAAGGGAGCUUGUAGGCAGGGAACGGCCACUGGAAAGAGAUGGUACAGCCUACCUCCUCACCAGAAGGUGCCUUUGCCUGCCUUGUCUCCCACAAUGCAGAUGGGAACUAUAGCUCGCUGGGAGAAGAAGGAAGGUGACAAAAUUAAUGAAGGGGAUCUUAUUGCUGAGGUUGAAACUGACAAGGCCACCGUGGGUUUUGAGAGUCUGGAGGAGGGUUAUAUGGCUAAAAUCCUUGUGGCAGAAGGAACAAGAGAUGUGCCCAUUGGCUCAGUCAUAUGCAUUACUGUGGACAAGCCAGAAUUUAUUGAUGCUUUUAAAAAUUUCACAAUGGACUCUGUAGCUGCAGCUUCUCCACCAAGCGUGGCAGCUGCUACCCCAUCAGCACCACAGCCUGCAGUUCAAGCCCCGGGUAGUACUUACCCCAACCAUAUGAAAAUAUGUCUUCCUGCACUUUCUCCGACUAUGACCAUGGGUACAGUGCAAAAGUGGGAGAAAAAAGUUGGUGAGAAGCUCAGCGAGGGAGACCUUUUGGCUGAAAUAGAGACAGACAAAGCUACCAUAGGAUUUGAAGUACCAGAAGAAGGUUAUUUGGCUAAAAUUCUUAUCGCAGAAGGCACGCGCGAUGUACCCUUGGGCACCCCUCUUUGCAUUAUUGUGGAGAAAGAGUCAGACAUUGGAAGCUUUGCAGAGUACAAAGAGUUAACUGGAGUUGCUGAUAUAAAACCUCAGCCUGCGCCUCCCACUCCGACUGCAGCUCCACAUCCUGUCCCUCAUGUAGCAGUGCCUACCCCUGCUCCUGCACCCAGCGCUGCUCCAUCAUCUCCCAAAGGAAGGGUGUUUAUAAGUCCACUUGCCAAAAAGCUUGCUAGUGAAAAAGGAAUUGAUAUAAAGCAAGUGAAAGGAACUGGGCCAGAAGGAAGAAUUACAAAAAAAGAUAUUGACUCAUUUGUUCCUCCCAAAUCUGCUCCAGUAAGUCUGUGUGUGCCAGUUACAGCCCCAACCCCUGCAGUGUCUGUACCAUCUCCAGCUGUGGCUGCGGUUCCCAGUGGGGUCUUCACAGAUGUGCCCAUUAGUAAUAUUCGCAAGGUCAUCGCUCAGAGACUCGUACAGUCCAAGCAAACCAUACCACACUACUAUUUAUCUAUUGAUAUAAACAUGGGGGAAAUCUUACUCUUGCGAAAAGAGCUCAAUGAGGUUACAAAGGCUGAAAAUGUUAAACUGUCUGUUAAUGACUUCAUUAUUAAAGCUUCGGCUCUGUCAUGUCUGAAAGUCCCAGAAGCAAACUCCUCCUGGAUGGACACUGUAAUUCGACAGCAUCAUGUGGUUGAUGUAAGUGUGGCAGUAAGUACCCCAGUUGGCCUGAUAACUCCUAUUGUGUUCAAUGCCCAUAUCAAGGGGCUGGCAUCCAUCAGUAAAGAUGUGCUGUCUCUAGCAACCCGGGCUCGAGAAGGCAAGCUUAAACCUCAUGAAUUUCAAGGUGGAACCUUCACUGUGUCCAACUUGGGAAUGUAUGGAAUCAAAAACUUCUCAGCGAUAAUUAACCCACCCCAGGCCUGUAUCCUUGCUGUAGGAGGGUCAGAAAACAGACUGAUACCUGCAGACAAUGACAAAGGCUUUGAUGUUGCCAGUAUGAUGUCUGUUACUUUAAGCUGUGAUCACCGUGUUGUGGACGGGGCAGUUGGAGCGCAGUGGCUCGCAGAAUUCAAAAAAUUCUUGGAGAAACCAACAACAAUGCUGCUCUAAAUACAACUCCUUCCACCUUCAGAGGAUCAACAAUUACAUAUCCGAACAAGAUAUUUAUAUACGCCUGUCUUCAAUGACUCCUAAUAAAAACGCUUCAUUCUUUUUUUAUUUAAGAGAACAACUACAAAAAAAUAGCACCUUGUUUUUUAUUCUGGUAACUGUACAGAAAGCCUUUGUUUCACUUCGGUAACAUUUCUGAGAGACUGCAAAUGUCGUGUUAAAUGUAAAACUGUCAUCGAUAUACUGAAGAUCUCCUUUCAAAGGUCAACAUUUCCUUAACUUUAAACUUAACUGUAAAAUAAAUAUGGGGUCAGAUUAAAUAUACAGUCUAUAAACAA